AUGUUUAACUUGUAUCAGAGCAUCAACAAGAAAGACGAGCAAGAAAAGGAACCGGAUGUCAUAGGUCACGAGAGGUUCUAUCAGGCCCGGACCACCAGUAGAAGUUCGAGGAAAAAGAAAAGGGUGACUAGGAGGACGCAUAGCGCGGGGGAAUUUCCCAUUUCCACGCUUUCCGCCGCCAAUAAAAGGGAGGCUUUCAGGAACAGGAGCCAGAGCUCGGAAAACAAAAGUGAUGAUGGUGGAAAGUCCACUCCGCAAAGGGUAGAUUCCUUUGCCAAAGUUUUCUUCGGAUCUAAACGACAAUCUGGGUUGCCUAAACAUGAAUAUAGUGCGUUGAAAACAGACGCAGGAGUUGAAAAAUUCAAAGGAGAGAAGCAAAUUCGAAAUGGCGCAUUCAUGACGUGCAAGAAUCACUUGUCCAAUAAUGAGAGAUACGAGCUGAAAACGCAGCUAGACGAUAUUGGUUCUAGAGCCGACAAGCAUUG